UCGGAAACCUACAGAAUAGGUAGUGUACCAACCAUGCUUGAUAUGAGAGGUUAUUCACAAAAGACAUAUACAGAAUAUGCCAGGUCCCGCUGUGGUCUAUUCGGGCGUCUCUAAUGCAAAUAUGACUAGUGGAUUGUUCAAAGACACAAAGUUUUGGCUGUCAAGAACCGUCCCAUCCAGAUCAUGGAUAAUUCAGCAGAUUCAAGCCAAUGGUGGGAAGGUAGUACUCCUGGAAAAGGAUGCUGAUGUCCUCCUUGUGGACCACAUGAGAGGGAACAACCCCCCUGGCUCAAUAUCUUUCCAGUAUAUCGAAAAGUCCAUUCACAACGGGAGAUUGGAGAGUCUAGAAGACCACCGUGCUGGUCCUGAGGCCAUGUAUGUCCGCCCUGUUGGGUCGACCAUCACGCGCCCGAAGUCCCACAGAUCUGCCUUCACUGCGAAGGAUGAUCAAAUUCUAUAUGACUGGGUGAAACCUUUUGAAGAGAAAGGGGGGCGGAUAGGAGGCAAUAAAAUCUAUCAGCAACUUGCAGAAAAGUAUCCUCAUCAUACGUUUCAAUCCUGGCGUGAUCGUUACCUGAAAAAGGUCAAAGAUCGCUCACGACCUGUUGCUCCAGAGCGUGGGAGCAGCAGUGCGUCAUCUGCCCGCCAGGCAGACCGAAAAACAAGGACCCAGGAGAGGCACCCAGUGGAUACAUCUAAAGCCGGAGCUCCCGGUUCGAGCAGCCACAGAUACGAAAGAUUUACGAAAGAAGAGAAAGAGGACUUACUCAAUCAUGUAAAGGAUAUUCUCAAUAUUGAAGAGGGCAAAGAAGGUGAGGCCUGGUCCGCGUAUGCUGAAAAUACCGGGAAAUCUGUUGCGGAAUGGAAGUCCUUUUUUCAUAACGUUAUCCUUCCAGAGUACAAGGCAAGGAGAUCGAAACCUGACCCCUCUCGCAGGACUCCACAAGCAAAUCGCCAUGAAGCAACUGCCACUCCUUCGCCUAGUACUGAAUCUUCCAGGAGACAACGUAGUGAAAGCCACAACCAUUUGCCCGUUCCCGAGAGUGGGAAGCCACAACAUUUCACUCCCCGGAAGAAACAGCGCAUAGAUAUUAGAAAACGACGGCAGAGCGCAGUAGAUAUCCCUUCCACCGGAAUAGAAUCUAGCUCCGCGAAACGUCGAAAACGAAGUACUAUUGGGCACAUACCCCAAGCAUCGGCAUCUCCAUCCGCUACAAGCAUCCAAUCCGAUAAAAUAGUGACUUCGAAGCGUCCGCCAGGAGACUCUCGCUCUUCCUCUGCUCGGGAAGGAAGCACACAUUCAAAAUUCGACUCCCCCUAUCCCGGUAACAGCGAAAAGUCCGGCUCCGCAAGCUGUGCGGUGUCCACCACCAACUCAGCAUCAGAGGAACGUUUUGAAACUGCCCCUCAACAAUUUCGACAGGAGACUUUGGAAAGUCAUUAUCAAACCCCUCCUCAGCUCCUAGAUCGCGAAGGCGAGUUAAACGGCUCUCAAACGCCCCAGCCAACCCCAGUUACAGAUGGAGAUGCGCGCGCGGGUAACGGACCCUCAUCCUCGGCGGAUGAUCAACCCUCCAUCGAGCACAUGGACGAAUGGAUCGCCUCCAAAACCACUGGCCGCAAUGCAUACACCCAGCAGCAAGUGCUCGAGGCUCUUGCCUGCACCACGAUGGACCCCGAUCUAGCUGAUACAGUGCUCGAGACGAUGGCAGCUGGGAAGGGAAUACCCGAUAAUGUUAGAGGGGUUUGGACGCAAGAAGACGAUGAAUGCCUUGAAGCGCCGGAUUCGAAGGGCAUUGAGGCUGUGCUGCAGAAGCAUGGGGAUGAGCUUUUCAAUGCGCGGUUUGAGUAUAUAAUGACCCGCAGAGAGGUGAUAAUCCAAAUGGAGGACCCAGCCGAGUGAUGGAAGACGCUUCAUUUAAGACAUUUUCUCGGCGCCCUUCUUUCCUUUCAUUUUUGCUGGUUUGUGAUAUCCAAUGACCGUCAGUGGGAUUGAAGCCGAAAAAAUUAUAUACAAGUUCAUAUUCCAAGAUACCUUGAAGCUAAAAGCGCUACAUGGUCAAAUGCUAAAUUAUCAAUAAACAUCCAUUACUAACGUUAGCUUGCUUAAAUUUAAAGCACCCAAACGAGAACUCAGGAAUUCAUCUUUUAAAUAAAAUCAAAAGACCAGAGCUAGGAAGCAGAUGAAAAUAAAAGAAGACUAGGAAAUAAGAGAAGAAGAACGCCUAGAAAAGCACAAAAUAUUGAAAAGAAGGCCAAUAAAGGGCGAGAAGAAUUACAGAUACUUCAAUUUCCUGUCUUUCCUGUCCUUUAAAAGUUGAAAGAAAGCCAGCCAUGGUAGUAAAAGAGUAACGACAAAGCCAAGGCUAAAAGCUAAAAGAUAUAGUAGAACACAG